CUGUGAGCAGGCUCGACUGUUGCCUUUUCUUUUCUGCCUCUACUUGAUACCCACCACAGCCCUCCACCCCGCAAUACCACAACAACCAUGGCCCCCGCUAUUGGUAUCGAUUUGGGAACUACCUACUCCUGCGUAGGUAUCUUCCGAGAUGAUCGGAUAGAGAUCAUCGCCAAUGACCAGGGUAAUCGCACCACUCCCAGUUUCGUGGCCUUCACCGACACCGAGCGCCUCAUCGGGGACUCCGCAAAGAACCAGGUCGCCAUGAACCCCGUGAACACCGUCUUCGAUGCGAAGCGUCUCAUUGGUCGCAAGUUCGCAGACGCUGAGGUGCAGGCCGACAUGAAGCAUUUCCCCUUCAAAGUCAUCGACAAGGGUGGCAAGCCUGUCAUCCAGGUUGAGUUUAAGGGCGAGAUCAAGACGUUCACACCUGAGGAGAUCUCAUCCAUGGUUCUUACCAAGAUGAGGGAAACUGCCGAAUCGUACCUUGGAGGUACUGUCAACAAUGCUGUUGUUACUGUCCCUGCCUACUUCAAUGACUCUCAACGUCAGGCCACCAAGGAUGCUGGCUUGAUUGCUGGCUUGAACGUCCUUCGCAUCAUUAAUGAGCCUACGGCAGCUGCCAUUGCCUACGGUCUCGACAAGAAGACUACUGGUGAGCGCAAUGUCCUGAUCUUUGACCUUGGCGGUGGUACCUUCGAUGUUUCUCUUCUCACCAUUGAGGAGGGUAUCUUCGAAGUGAAGUCCACUGCUGGUGAUACCCAUUUGGGAGGAGAGGACUUCGACAACCGGCUCGUCAACCACUUCACCAACGAAUUCAAGCGAAAGCACAAGAAGGACCUCACAACCAACGCUCGUGCUCUCCGCCGUCUCCGAACUGCCUGCGAGAGGGCUAAGCGCACACUGUCUUCUUCUGCACAGACGUCCAUCGAAAUCGACUCCUUGUACGAGGGUAUCGACUUCUACACCUCUAUCACCCGAGCUCGAUUCGAGGAGCUUUGCCAGGACCUCUUCCGAUCCACCAUGGAGCCGGUCGAGCGUGUCCUCCGCGAUGCCAAGAUCGACAAGUCUUCCGUCCACGAGAUCGUCUUGGUCGGUGGAUCCACUCGUAUCCCCAAGAUCCAGAAGAUGGUCUCCGACUUCUUCAACGGCAAGGAGCCCAACAAGUCCAUCAACCCCGACGAGGCUGUCGCCUAUGGUGCUGCCGUCCAGGCUGCUAUCCUUUCCGGCGAUACCUCUUCAAAGUCCACCAACGAGAUAUUGCUCUUGGACGUUGCUCCGCUAUCCCUCGGUAUUGAGACUGCUGGCGGUGUCAUGACUCCUCUGAUCAAGCGCAACACAACCAUUCCAACUAAGAAAUCCGAGGUCUUCUCUACCUUCAGCGACAACCAGCCUGGUGUGCUCAUCCAGGUCUAUGAGGGCGAGCGUGCACGAACCAAGGACAACAACUUGCUCGGCAAAUUCGAACUCACUGGUAUCCCACCGGCACCGCGCGGUGUCCCACAGAUCGAGGUUACGUUCGACCUUGAUGCCAACGGUAUCAUGAACGUUUCUGCUCUCGAGAAGGGUACCGGAAAGACUAACAAGAUCGUCAUCAGCAACGACAAGGGCCGUCUGUCCAAGGAGGAGAUCGAGCGCAUGUUGGCGGAAGCCGAGAAGUAUAAGGCUGAGGAUGAAGCCGAAGCCGCCCGUAUCUCCGCCAAGAACGCCCUCGAGUCAUAUGCUUACUCGCUGCGAAACACUAUGAGCGACUCCAAGGUCGAUGAGAAGCUCGAUUCCGGCGAUAAGGAGAAGCUCAAGGCGGAGAUCGACAAGACCGUCACUUGGCUCGACGAUAACCAGCAAGCCACCAAGGAUGAGUAUGAGUCACAGCAGAAGGAGCUGGAGUCCGUCGCCAACCCAAUCAUGAUGAAAUUCUACGGUGCCGGCGGCGAGGGUGGUAUGCCCGGAGGUAUGCCAGGCGGCGGCAUGCCGGGUGGUGGCUUCCCCGGCGGUGCUCCAGGCGGCGGACACGCAGAUGACGGUCCAACUGUUGAGGAGGUGGACUAAACGCAUCGGUACCGAACGAAGCAGUCGUCCAUUUUCUUUCUUAAGCAGCAUAGAAAUUCCUCUUUCUCGGGUGAUUCUUUGGAGUUCUUCGGUUGAUAGAGCCAACCGGCAGCCAGGUCUUUUG